AUGCUGCCUAAAAUACAUAAAGCUAACACACCAGGUCGUCCUAUCGUGUCUUCUUGCAAUUGUCCCACAGUCAUCAUAAGUGAAUUCCUCGAUAAUGUUUUGAGACCUAUUGUUCAACGGUUACCUACAUAUGUCAAAGAUACCAACGAAGCCAUCCGUUUAUUCAGUGAAUUUCAAUUUACCGGAGUAAAUUGUCAUAUUUUCACCAUGGAUGUCAAGUCUCUCUACACUUCAAUACCUAUACCGGACGGUUUGAUUGCUUUGAAACAUUUUCUAGAUCGUGAUAGUACUACCAAAUAUGCCACAUCCACCAUUAUUCGUCUUGCAGAAUUGGUACUCCGAACUGCAUCUUUUAGUUUUAAUGGAACUUUCUACAGACAGCUUUCAGGAGUUAGUAUGGGUACGCGUAUGGGUCCAAGUUUUGCGUGCCUGUUCAUGGGAUAUUUUCUUGUAAGUAUUUAA